CCGGCCCAGCCUCUUUAUAUACCGCACGCCCGCCCUCGCCCUCGGCCCUCGCCAACCCCUCGUCACGCGGCUCACGCCUCUCCGUCCCAGCUCCUGCUCCUCCUCCCCCCAAAACGGCCAAAUCCCCCUGAUCACUCCCGCCACCACCACCGCUCCACCAGCAACCAACCCAACCCAACCCAACACCUGUGCGUGGGAGCGCGUGCGUGUGCUUUGCGGCGGCGGCGGCAGCGGCAGCCAUGGACAAUAAGUGCUUGGCGCUGGCGUCCUCCGAUGCCGUCCACCACCACCCGGCAGGGGUCACAGCGAACGCCGCCAUCGGCGGCACGGGUACCUCCUCCUCCUCCUCCUCCUCGUUCGCGAGCUGGCGCGCGUACGGGCGCGCGCUAGCGCAGACGCCACGCCGGCUGUCGCGCCGCGCGUUCGCCGCGACGGCGGCCGGGGAGGAGAUGAGCCGGGUGCGGGCGCGGUCGGGCGCCGACAUGGCGCGCGCGCUGCGGUGGUGGGACCUCGUCGGGCUGGGCCUGGGCGGCAUGGUGGGCGCGGGCGUCUUCGUCACCACGGGCCGCGCCGCGCGGCUGCACGCGGGGCCUGGCGUCGUGGUGUCCUACGCCAUUGCCGGGCUCUGCGCGCUGCUCUCCGCCUUCUGCUACACCGAGUUCGCCGUCGACUUGCCCGUCGCCGGCGGCGCCUUCAGCUACCUCCGCGUCACCUUCGGGGAGCUGGCGGCGUUCCUGACGGGGGCGAACCUGAUCAUGGAGUACGUCUUCUCCAACGCCGCCGUGGCGCGCAGCUUCACGGCGUACCUGGGCACGGCGGUGGGCGUGGACGCGCCCAGCCAGUGGCGGAUCACCGUGCACGGCCUGCCCGACGGCUUCAACCAGGUGGACCUCCUCGCCGUCGCCGUCAUCCUCCUCAUCACCGUCUGCAUCUGCUACAGCACCAAGGAGAGCUCGGUGGUGAACAUGGUGCUGACGGCGGUGCACGUGGCGUUCAUCCUGUUCAUCAUCGGCAUGGGGUUCCGGCACGGCGACGCGCGCAACCUGACGCGCCCCGCGGACCCGUCGCGCAGCCCCGGCGGGUUCUUCCCGCACGGCGCCGUGGGCGUCUUCAACGGCGCCGCCAUGGUGUACCUGAGCUACAUCGGCUACGACGCCGUGUCCACCAUGGCCGAGGAGGUGCAGCGGCCCGCGCGCGACAUCCCCGUCGGCGUCUCCGGAUCCGUCGUCGUCGUCACCGUGCUCUACUGCCUCAUGGCCGCCUCCAUGUCCAUGCUCCUCCCCUACGACGCGAUUGACCCGGAGGCGCCGUUCUCGGGGGCGUUCAAGGGGCGGGAGCGGUGCGCCUGGGUGUCCAACGUCAUCGGCGCCGGCGCCAGCCUCGGCAUCCUCACCUCGCUCAUGGUGGCCAUGCUGGGCCAGGCGCGGUACCUGUGCGUCAUCGGCCGCUCCGGCGUCAUGCCGGCGUGGCUCGCCCGGGUCAACCCGCGCACCGCCACCCCCGUCAACGCAUCCGCCUUCCUCGGCGUCUUCACGGCGGCGCUGGCGCUGUUCACGGAGCUGGACAUCCUGCUCAACCUCGUCUGCAUCGGCACGCUCUUCGUCUUCUACAUGGUGGCCAACGCCGUCGUGUACCGCCGCUACGUCGGCGGCGGCGGCGCGAGAUGGCCGACGCUCGCGUUCCUCCUCGUCUUCUCCCUGUCCGCGCUCGCCUUCACGCUGGCGUGGAAGCUGGCGCCACCCGAGCGGCGGGGCGUGCGCGCGGGCCUGCUGGCGGCGUGCGCGGCGCUGGCGGUGACCGCGGUCGCCGCGUUCCAGGCGCUGGUGCCGCAGGCGCGCGUCCCCGAGCUGUGGGGCGUCCCCGGGAUGCCCUGGGUGCCCGCCGCGUCCGUCUUCCUCAACGUCUUCCUGCUCGGGUCGCUCGACCGCCCCUCGUACGUCCGCUUCGCCAUCUUUUCGGCCGCCGCGCUCCUCGUGUACGUGCUCUACAGCGUGCACGCCAGCUACGACGCCGAGGAGAGCGGCCGGCUCGACGUCGACGGCGGCGGCGGCGGCAAGGUGCAGGACGAAGCGUGCACGGUGGUGUAGUUCGUUACAUUGGGGGUGUCUGGCUGGCUGACGUCAUAGAGAGGACUAAUCCUAAUCCAGUGUGGCUCACUUGUCACUUGCUAUUUUUGACACGUACGUUGUAGUACGUUCGUAUGCUGACGAGAGCACAGAAAAAGAAUCUAACAAGGGGGGGUGAUGAUAUAUAUUAAAAAAAAGAUGGAAGGAAAUAGUAGACAAGAACAAAGGGUGAGACAUGUAUUCUGCUCUAACUUAGCAAAGAUGAAAAAUGUAUACGCUCAAGGAAGGAUAGAUGCAUAUAAUCCUCUAGACUUCCUUCGAAAUUUUUGUGAUGUUGUGGGAAAUUCAAAGCGGGAUCGAUCGAUUGACUUAA